AUGCAGCAACCUCUAACUCGAAUGUUGGGAUUCCGCCGGCCAUUCUCCUACAAAUCCACCUGCCUGCAGAGAGAAGUACACCAGACCCGUUGCGAUAACACCACCAGCACAACUGAAUACACUCCACCGGAUGCUAUCAACAGGGCACCGGAGGAGUGGGACCGUCUAUUGCCCGCUGUACAGGAGGAGAUCAAGGAGUACAUUGACUGGACAAUGACCGGUGACUGGCGCGACAUGCCCGCGCGCGACACGAGAUACGCUUACUAUUUGUCCUACGGGUCCUGGGGCCCCCGUUCACCACAUGGCACUGCCCGCACGGCCUCCGGAGCGUACAUCGCCUCCCGAAUGCUGUUCAACGCUACGCUGUUCGCCGCCGUGUGCGUCUCGCUGAUCAAUUGGCGCCGCGACCGCCGUCACCUCGUCGAGGAAUCGACCGUGUAG